AUGGCAGAGGUGAGCCCAGACGAAGAUGUCAGGUCGCAGAAGCGAGACCGCUCAGAGUUUGAGGGCGAGGACAGCUCAUCCGACGAUGACAUGGGCCCGCAGCUCCCCUCUGCAGCUGCGCCCAAGAAGAAGCGCCGCGUCCUUCCGUACGAGAAGCUCUACGUAUCUGCCUUGCCCAAAUCAACCCGCUACUCGAAAUCCCUGAUGCACAAGGAGCAGCUCUCCUUUGUGACCAUGACGCCCCACACGGAUUUCCUGAUAACGUCUUCGGUGGACGGUGUCGUCAAGUUCUGGAAGAAGGUAGCCGAGGGAAUCGAGUUUGUGAAGGAGUUCAAAUCCCACCAGGGCGAGAUCCGGUCCGUCUCGUGCAGCGCCGACGGCAGGAGCUUUGCGACGGCAGGAGACGACAAAACCAUCAAGAUCUUCGACGUCAUCACAUUCGACCUCCUUUCCAUGCUGCCACUGGACUACGCUCCGAGCAGUGUGUGCUGGGUGCACAAGAAGGGCGCAAGCCUGCCUCUGCUUGCAGUCGCGGAUGCGGGCGCGCCCGUGAUUCACUUGUAUGACGGCAGGGGCGAGAGACAGGAGCCGAUACAUACGAUAAAAGGCCUGCAUCGGAGCGUGGUGGGUCUGAUGGCAUUCAACGAUGCCUACGACUGUGUGGUGUCGGCGGACGAGGGCGGUAUGGUGGAGUACUGGAGGCCCAGCGGUUCCUACGAGAAGCCGGAUAAUGUUUUCCAGUACAAGAGCUCGACAAAUCUGUUCGAUUUCAAGAAGGCAAAGUCUGUCCCGACUUCUCUAACGAUAUCCCCGUCAGGGCAUCAGUUUGUGACAUGGUCGAUGCCGGACCGCAAGAUCAGGAUAUUCGACUUCGCCACGGCAAAGCUGUACAGGACGUACGACGAGUCGCUGCAGGUCAUUGAGGAGAUGCAGCAGGCUGGCACGGCUCUGCAGAAGCUAGACGCGGUUGAGUUUGGGAGGCGGCUCGCCAUUGAGCGGGAGGUUGAGGCACCGGCCCACCGCAAGAAGGCUGCGGUAGUAUUUGACGAGUCGGGCCACUUCAUCAUCUACGGGUCCAUGGUGGGGAUCAAGGUGCUCAACACCUACACCAACCAGGUGGUCAAGGUGUUUGGCAAAGACGAGCAGCUCCGGGCGCUCGGCCUGGCCAUCUACCAGGGCGCCCCGCAGAAGAAGGGCGUCACCACCGUUGCGAUGGCCGCCUCGAGCAAUCCACUGUUGGAAGAGUCGGAAGCCAGAGACCCCAUCAUCUUCGCCACGGGAGUGGGAAAGAAUCGCUUCUACAUGUUCACUAAUGAACAAGAGAUCUCCAAGAGCACUCGGGACGUGCAGAACGAGAAGCCCACGGGAGAAGGCAAGAAGCAAAAAGCAGGGCGAGAAAAGCAAAAGGAGAGUGGCACUGCGGCUAUUAUACACACAACCUACGGCGAUAUCCACAUUCGCCUUUUCCCCGACGCCGCACCCAAAGCGGUAGAGAACUUCGUGACGCAUUCCAAGAGCGGCUACUACAACAACACAAUUUUCCACCGCGUAAUCCGGAAAUUUAUGAUUCAAUGUGGAGACCCGCUGGGUGACGGUACUGGUGGCGAGAGUAUCUGGGGCCGGGAAUUUGAGGACGAGUUCAGCAGUCUGAAGCAUGACAAGCCCUAUACCGUCAGCAUGGCCAACGCUGGACCCAACACGAAUGCGAGCCAGUUCUUUAUCACUACCGAAAAGACACCAUGGCUUGAUAACAAGCACACUAUUUUCGGGCGUGCUGUCCAGGGGUUGGAUGUCAUACACAAGAUCGAGAACACCCGGACUCACAAGGAGCGGCCGGAGGAGGAUAUCAAGAUUCUCAACAUCGACAUCGCAUAG